AUGCCGUUAGCAUACACAGCUAGCGGUUCUGAUGCGGUAUUAUAUCCGCAACAUUCCGAUAUUCCGUUAAUAUCGGUACCAAAUCCAUCUAGUUCUUCUCAAGAUAAUACUACUACUAUUUAUACUAAAAAUCAAAACUCAGCUGUUUAUUCUAGUCAAUAUUAUCAGCAAUCAAUACCAUUAUCACAACAACAGCAACAGUACUCACAAAAAAUUUUACAAUAUCAACCUCCAUAUCCAACCACAGCACAGGCCAGAUCAAAUCCCAGUAUAUCGGAUGCUUUAUUGCUGGCAUUACGCCGUCGACCAACUGCACGUUUAUUUCGUGCCUUAUUUCAAUAUAUUCCUAUACGCGACUCACCGAAUGAGAAUCCGCAUUUGGAAUUACCACUUCAGGUAUUUUAA